UGAAUUUCGUGAUAUCUUCCAGAUGUGCUAAAUUGAUGCCAAUAAAUGACUUCAAAAACAGAUCUCUAUACUGUUCCAGAAAGGAGAAUUAAAAGUCCGAUGGAUAUGAGCAGAUGGCUUGCCAGUACAGCUUAUCUUGAAUAUAUCAAUUUUAUCACCUCCUUAAGUGGAGCUACUUACGGAAAAAAUAAUUCAGCUGGAGAAAGUGGAAACCAACUUGUGGAAACUCUAUGUGAUAAUUUAGAGCGCCUAUCAGUCUUAUGCGAUGAAAUAGAACCCAUCCAGCAGCCGCAAAGAUUUGGAAAUGCAGCAUACCGAUCGUGGUUUGAAAAAAUGUCGAGUGAAGCCGAUAAAUUAUGCCAAAACCUUCUUCCAGACGAAUUGAAAAUGGCAUCUGUCGAACUUGUCAGCUACUGGUGUGAUUCAUUUGGAAACAAAUCUAGAAUUGACUACGGAACUGGACAUGAAAUGAACUUCUUGAUUUUUCUCUUGUGUUUGAAUAAACUUCUUUUAAAGUCGGAUGAAGAGCAUGCUGAAGUGAAUAGGAGUUUUGUGACUCGUGUGUUUGCGAAGUACAUGGACGUUGUGAGGAAAGUGCAGCUGAGAUACUGCAUGGAACCAGCAGGUUCUCACGGCGUAUACAGUUUGGACGAUUAUCAGUUUCUGCCAUUUUAUUUCGGCAGUAGUCAAUUGGCUGGGUCUGCAUUGGAACCAAAAGACAUACCAGACAUGGACGCAAUGACAACUAACAAGGACAAUUAUCUUCUCUGUGCGGCUAUUGACCAUAUCAAUAAGGUAAAAACUGGCCCCUUCUCAGAGCAUUCGAAUCAGCUGUGGAAUAUUUCUGCUGUGCCUCAUUGGAAAAAAGUGAAUGAAGGCCUACUGAAGAUGUACAAAGCUGAGGUGUUGUCCAAAUUCCCUAUUGUGCAACAUCUGUUGUUUGGAACUUUGUUCAAAUUUGAACCGUUUACUUAGUUAUUGAAUUGUA